GGGUCCGGGACUUCCAGAGAGAGGAUUGCACUUUGUUUUCAUCACUAUCUGAUGUGGGGAAUGCAUCGCUCCACGUAAAUGCACCGCCGGCCCAUGUAGCUGAGCGACAAACGCUGACUCCCUGGAGAGGGUCAGAAGAUGAACGUCUCCUGUGAUCCGGCAGUCACGGAGUAUCAGCAGAGCUCAGGAUGUGACCUCGACGGCAGCUGUGACUGGCUGUCUCCUCCCCACUGUAACUGGACGUCAGUGGACAGUGGAGCACCGCAGCUGCCCACCUUCUCCACGGCGGCCAAAGUCCGAGUGAUCGUCACCUUCAUCCUGUGUGGCAUUUCAACUUUAUGCAAUUUGGCUGUGCUGUGGGCGGCCAACAGCCACAAGCCCAAGUCCCAUGUCCGAGUUCUGAUAAUCAAUCUGACUGUGGCCGAUCUCUUGGUCACCUUCAUCGUGAUGCCCGUGGACGCCGUGUGGAACAUCACCGUCCAGUGGCUGGCCGGCGACCUGGCCUGCAGGCUCCUGAUGUUCCUCAAGCUGCAGGCCAUGUACUCCUGUGCCUUUGUCACCGUGGUGAUCAGUCUGGACAGACAGUCGGCCAUCCUCAACCCUCUGGCCAUCAGCAUGGCGCGGAGGAGGAACCGGGUCAUGCUGGUGGUGGCGUGGACUAUGAGCGCCUUGUUCUCCAUCCCUCAGAUGUUCAUUUUCCAUAUUGUGAGCAUCACAUAUCCAACGAACUUUACCCAGUGCACCACUAGGGGCAGCUUCUUCACUCACUGGCAGGAAACAGCCUACAACAUGUUCACCUUCUCCUGCCUCUUCCUUCUGCCACUGGUCAUAAUGAUAAUCUGCUACACCAGGAUCUUCAUCCAGAUCUCCAAAUGGAUGACAACAAAUAACAUGUCCUCCAACGAGCCACAUCUCCGUUGCUCCAAGAACAACAUCCCCAAAGCCAGAAUGAGAACUCUGAAAAUGAGCAUUGUCAUAGUGAUCUGCUUCAUAGUCUGCUGGACUCCGUACUACCUGUUGGGUUUGUGGUACUGGUUCUUUCCGGACGACCUGGAGGGGAAAGUCUCCCAUUCUCUCACCCACAUCCUGUUCAUCUUCGGGCUUUUCAACGCCUGCCUGGACCCAAUCAUCUAUGGCCUGUUCACCAUACGCUUCCGGAAGGGGCUGAGGAGCUGCUACCACAAACCUGCGGUGCUGUCCAACCGGGAGAUGAAAUGCACCGCCGCGGCUUUGUCCUCUAAAAGAGGGACGACCAACAGUGGAAAGGACAGCAACUGUUGAU